AUUCAAGCCAGACAGAACGCAUUUCUCUUUUUUCUCCUCGUAUGAUCUAUAUUGAUUUCUAUUCGAAACGUCAUGUCAUUAGAACUGCUCCUCGCGGUUUGUGCAACAAGAGAACAAAUUGUACUGCCAAAGCAUUACUAAAGCGUCUAUCAUUUUUCACGCCAACGCGAAAGUUUUUUUUUCUUUUUGCCUACCAUCUCGAGCGUGAAAACUUAAUUCAAGCUGGCUGGUCGUAAGUUAGCUUUAAAUUUUUUUUCGCGCUUUUUCUCGUGAAAUUAAUUUUCGUUCUAUUACGAUCGAAGACCGCUCCAUGAGCGUUGGAAACUUCCACGAGGUCGUUAGAGAAAAUGCGAACGACACCGCUCGAGAUGGUAGUCGUUCGAUCGGAAAAAUAAAAGUGCCAUUAAAGGAGCGCGCGCGCUGCUGCAACUGAUCGACUGACCGGCGCGGCGAUCGCGGUGGGGAUCUCUCUGCCGCGCCGUGGAAAAUCAACGUCUCUUCUUGGCAGAAACAGAGGUAGCCCGUGGGUGGCAGCGGCGGCGACGCGACAGAGAUCGCGAGGCUCUUCCGCUUUUUUGACAGAUGCGUGUGUCAGUGCCGCGCGACGCAUUGUAGUGCCCGUCGAGUGAGGUCAAGCAUUGUUUACGACAUUGUUUACACACGGUGUUCACCCGUUCGCGGGCUGAAGCGAUUCUGCAGGUAAACUAUAAAGUGAGCGGGUAAAAUUACGCAAUAAUACCAACACCAAGGCGUGACCCACUGGCACGGCGACCACGAGGAAGGAUGGUCAAUUCGAUAUUGCUUCUUUGGGCGUUGGUCGGCCUAAUUGGCGGAGUGCACGGCAAAUGCAGCUUAGCACCGAUUGCCGACAACGAUCGGUCGAUCGCCUACGCGUGCAUCCACGGUGAUCUGAACGACCUCGACGAACUGUCCAGCGAGACUGAGUGGAUCGAAUUCUCAGUGUCGCGUUUCCAAACGAUUCCCGAUGACGCGUUCCACCGAUUCCCGAAUUUACGUCGCCUAUCCUUUUACAAUUGCCACGUAAAUUUGAUCGAACCCGCGGCGUUUCGCGGCCUGAAUCGACUCGACUGGCUGAUUUUCCACGGUACGAGGAUCCACGCGGUGAGGUCCGCGUGGUUCCGCCACCUGCCGAAUCUUAGACGAUUGAUCCUAGACAGAUGCGGCCUGGUGCACGUCGAGCCUGACGUUUUUCGCAUGUUACCGCGACUGGAGACCCUGGACUUGCGCGACAAUGACCUCGAUUGUCUGUCGGUGGAGGAGCUGUCACAUCUGACCGCGCUCAGGACCGUGCGCAUCGACGGCAACCCAUGGUUGUGCGAGUGCCGGUUAAGAAUGGAGAGAUUCUUUCGCGAGAGAUCGAUCAUCCAAGAGAUUGAAUGUAAAUUUCGGUCCAAGAUCUGCAUCGUGCAUCGAAAUCCGCAGUGCAUGACACAGAUCGAAAUCCCGCUUCCACCUCCGACAAUAACCAUCGAGCAGAUAGAAAAUUUCGAGCAGGAACGUCCCGGCAACCGCUUCCAGACAAGCGCGCUGACGUCCCUGGACCGUCUGCCGGACAGGACAACGUGGAUCGAGAUCACGGGUCUGUGGAUCGACCGUUUGCCCGCGUACGCGUUCUUUCGUUUCGGCAACAGCCUGCGCAGUCUGGAUUUGCGCGAUUGCUCGAUCGGCGCGAUCGAGCCGGGUGCGUUCGCCGGUCUGCAUCAGCUGCAACGGCUCACGCUCGUCGGCAACCGGCUGCCCGCGGUCGCCGGCCAUUGGUUCGCUGAUCUCGUUGCGCUCCGCCACGUGGUGCUCGCGCGCAACGGCAUCGAGCGCAUUGAAUCCGGUGCUCUGCGUCCGCUCGCCGGCAACCUGCGCCACCUGGAUCUGCGCUACAAUCGACUACGUUGCCUACCGUUGGACGAGUUGGCGCAUCUGAGGCACCUCGAACGACUCGACAUCAUCGGGAACCCGUGGUACUGCGAGUGCCGCAGGAAUCUGCAGAAAUACCUGACAGACCGUAACGUUGGAUUUGAGAUCACCGCUGGUCGCUGUUACGAGGAGAACCAAGUUAUUGAGCCGACCGACGGAUGGCAACAUCCGCAUGUAACGACUUCGGUUACCGGUCAUGUGCAUUGGACCACUUUUGAUGACACUCUGAGCCAGAGAAACAUCACCGUAAUAAGACCGAUCGUUCAAGUUCCCACAGAGAGACCAGCGGUUCACAGAGGUACUUGUGUGCGAGACAGGACUCAAAUGUCACGGCAGGUUUUCACCUGUAGCGGCAUCACCUCGCUCACCGAGCUAGAUGUCUUACCUCACUCGGUUCACGCCAUUCGUAUCGUCCUUUCAAAUCUGAAGACGAUCCCAACGCGAGCGUUUGCCCGUUUCGACGGCUGGCUAUCCCAGCUGGAAUUACGCGACUCCAAUAUUGAGACGAUCGAGCACCGCGCCUUCGUCGACCUGUAUAAUCUGGAACGUUUGUCACUGCACAGUAAUCAGUUGAAUUCGGUGACAGCCGAGGCAUUGGAAGGCCUGACGACUCUGCGACAUCUGGACCUUUCGCGCAAUCACAUCUAUCGGAUUCCCAACGAGGUCUUCGACAUCCUGCCACAGCUCCACAUUCUUGAUAUAUCCGAAAAUUACAUGAAUUGCCUCGGCGUGGAACAUAUGGCGCGCAAGAUGCCGCAUCUGUAUUCUCUCAAAAUAUCGGGCAACCCAUGGAGUUGCUUAUGCGGCACCAAGCUGGUCAGUUUUCUAGACUCCCGCAAAAUACCGUAUAAUCGCGACUCCCUAUUCGACGUGAACGAUGACUGUUAUGUCACCGUAUUGCCUCCGUCGUCGACGUCAGCGACUACUUACGCUCCAUCGCGGACUACCACAACCGAACCACCCUCGAUAGGCUUCUACAACGAGACCUUAGAAGGUUCCUGCUUUAAAAUUCCCGAGUCCACGGAACCACGAUAUCGUUGCGUGGGUGGCAAUCUAAUAUUGCUGAAAAACGUACCACACAAUGCUGUUUACAUCGAAUUCCACGAGGGUCAUUUGCCCAUCCUCCCAGUCAAUGCUCUCUACAAUUUUCGAAACUUGCAGGAGCUAAUCAUCAGGAACUGCGGUCUGAGAACUAUCUCGCCCGGCGCUUUCAGGGGUCUGGACUCCCUAGAACGACUCACCAUUCAGGGUAAUCCACUGACGUCGAUUGAGGCAAACUGGUUCAACAUAGAACGUCUCGAACGGCUAGAUCUGCGCGGUAAUUCAAUUCGGUACAUCGCACCGGGUGCCUUCCGCUAUCUGCGCAGACUGGUCUACCUGAAUCUCGAAGGUAACGAUCUGCAGUGUAUCUACACCAGUGAUUUUCAGGAUAUGCCAAAUUUGCACAUCGUCGAAUUUACCGGCAACCCGCUCAAGUGGCGUUGUCGCAUGGAUCUGGAACAGUUCCUCGAGGCACAGAAGAUUAAGUUCGUCAAAGUGGAAAAUUCGUGCGAGGGCAAGAAGAUCAUGAGGAAUCUUCUUUACCAGAAUCGGACCGUCGAACUGGAGUGUCCACCGGGCUGCUCGAUGGCGAGCAAUAUCGAGCUGGAAAAGUGCUCGACGUUGGCAUUUGUAUUGUUCUUCGCGAUACGAAUGUAUUAUUAGUCGUUCGGCAAAUAAGAACAAAAGUAAGGCCAGAGUUAAGGUACUCAAAGACCUUGUCUUAUCAAUGAGUGAAACAGUUUUUGAGAGGUUCGGUCAUUAUCGAAAGAAUUAGAAAAAUUACAUUCGAAUGUUAAGCAAUAAUAUAAUAUAUCGGUAUAGUUCACGAAAC